CCAAGAAACUCGAGGCCCCUCUCCAGCCUCCCAUCGCCUAUAAAUAUGUUCUUCUUGCUCAUAGGUUGACCAUCGUAGCAACAAAGCGAGAGCGAAGCAAGAAAGAAAGAGAGAUUAGAAGAAGAACAACUAUUUCUCCUCCUUCGUCAGAGAGAGAGAGAGGGAGAGAGAUUACAAGAUGAUGCAUGCAAGAAGAGCAGCCAUGGUGCGGCUCUGCCUUGUAUUCCUUGCUUUCCUGCUGCUGACCCGCGAUGCCCACUCCAGGAAUCUCGUAGGGGCAGUGGUGCAGGAGAAGAACAAGCAUGGCCAUGGCCACGGCGCAGCCACCCUGGAACCUUGGGGGGAGGAAGGGGGCAACGCAGGUGCCAAGGGGGGACAGCUGCAGCGUGAUCCGACGAAAUGGGAGGAGAUCCACACGGAUUACAUCUACACCCAAGAUGUCAAACACCCGUGACACUAUGGUGGUGUUUCUUUACCUAGAGACUAGACUAAUUUUAGUCCCUAGGUAAAGAAAUAGGAGGGAUUUUUCUUUAAGAGACUAUAAAAAGAUUCUAUUGAAGGGAUUUUUUUUUUUAGUCUCUCGGACUAAAAAAGUCUAGUCCCUUGAAAAGAAACACCAUCUAUGAGUCGCAAGUGUUUAUGUUUAGUACUAGCAUUAGCUCCUGGGGUCGUUUGGAGAGGACGGAUUAGUUUGGGAUUUGUCCUUUAGGUUUGAGCCAAAUCACAAACUAAUCCCUCCUCUGUUAUCUACUAGGAUUAGAAGCAUGUAGCGUGCUGUAAUGUAUAAUUACUUCAGUCUAGCUUUGGCACACCAUUUAAUUACUUAGUUAAUCAAUAUAUGUAUGAUUACUGGUGCUAUCCGGGUAAGUUUGGCAGGCGAUGCUGCCCAUGAAGUGGUUCACCGAUCUUAAAGCAUGUUUUUUAAGACC